AUGCAACAAUUUGAGUCAGCUAAAUUCAGCAUUGACCAGGUUGUUUUCAUUCUGGAAAAGGUGCAUAUCAUAUGGGAGCCACUUUUGCUUCCUUCAACUUACAGGAAAAGCAUGUGGACAGUCUUAGAGUCAGUUUUCUCUAGAAUGGCAAGGGAUAUACUUCUCCUAGACGACAUAGCUGCAGAAGAGACUUUACAGCUACAAAGACUAAUCCAUUUAAUGCUGGAAAGCCUAUCAUCUUUAUUUGAGUCCUUGGCCACAGGUGAUCCAAAUUUGCAUGAGUUAUCUGUGGACUCUCCUGAAGAUCUUAUCCCAUCUUUACGAAAAAUCCGCAAACUAUCAGAGUUAUUAGAUAUGCCUUUAAAAUCCAUUACAGCAUCUUGGGAGAAUGAAGAAUUGCUCUGUUGUGGCUUUACUGUAACGGAGGUGGAAGAUUUCAUAAAAGCUAUAUUUGCAGACUCACCUUUAAGAAAAGAUUGUUUACGGAGGAUACAAAAUACAAGCUUCUAGGAUACAUCUAACUUCCUACAUGAUACGUAAAAGGUUAAAACACUGGAGUUCGGGAUUAAAAACUCAGAUGAUAUCUCAGAGUCAUAAACAUGUUAGUUUGAACUAGCUCUCCAAAUAUUGCAGGUAGCAGAAAGUUAGAGCAGCUUUGGAGCAAAAUCAUGGUGAUAGAUUUCUGAUGAGGAGGCUUCCCCACAAAGAUUUUGUUGUCCUAAAUCUAUGCUUAUAUAAUAACGCCUUUUUCUUUUCCUUUUCAAGCAAAGAUGGGGAUGGGGUUGGUGCAUACUUGUUGAGCAUUGUUUCUGCUACAUGCUUAUGAGAAACAUAUUAGGAUAUGAAUUCAAUGGUAAAUAACUAAAUAUACAUAUACAUGUAAUGCCGACGAGGCAUGGUUUCAGUGAUACAUAAAACCAUUGUGGCUGAAAUUUCGGAAAUACCAUUUUCUUAAUCCAGUGAAA